AUGACCAGAACGAGCCGGUCAUCAAGAGGAAGAUGUACUGAUGAAGAUGACCGGUUCGUUCCGGUCAUCAAGGAAGUAUGCACUCCCCCCGAUGACCGGAACGAACCGGUCAUCAAGAGGAGUGCAUACUCCCUUGAUGACCGGAACAAACUGGUCAUCAAGUGGAAGAGUACUCCUCAAGAUGACCGCAACGAACCGGUCAUCUUGAGGAGUAGAUACUCCGGUAAUCUUGAGGAGUAG